AUGCCGACCUGCCCAUCCAACUACGACCGCAACGACGCUACCAACACGUGCUGGACAGAGUGUUCCCUUGGAUACCCCGUCGAGUGCGGCAUGGAAUGUAUCCGACAGAACGACGACUGCAAGCUUGAAGUCUUCAACAAGAUCAGUGUCAUCGCUGUGACUGCUUUUGAUGCAGCCUCCAUGGGCGUCUUCGGCAAGCUGGAAGACAUCGGGAGAGGCGUCAGGAGGGCGGUGAGGUGCGCCAACUCGAUGGCGACUGUGAUCAGAGGCCUCGUGCGGUACAUCCGCAACAUCAAGACUUCCGACCGGCAAACAUCCCACGCCCAGCUAUUGGUCAUCCUGCAUCAGUCCAGCAACGUCGUGACGGACAUCCCUAUCGCCAUCACGAACUGCCUUGGGAAGACCAUGCCGCCGAAUCUACCCAGAUCCAAGAAUAUACUUGCGACUUCGCAGUAUAUCCUUUCGCAGGUUCUGAGCAACAACGCGACCAUCAUCUCCAGUUGGGACAAGUUCAAAGCGUUUCUCGUCGGAGCCAACUUUAGUGAUGCUGUGAAUGAGCUGAAGUCCACCGACAUCUCGUCGCUCGUGUCUGGGAUGAAGUCCAAAUCAACUUGUGGCGCGGACUUGAAGUCCCUGUUAGAUCGCACGUGGACGACGGUGCAGCAUUACAGGCAGGAAGACCCCGACAUCACUGAAGCCGGCCUUCGGUUGAAGAUCAGCAACUCCGACCUUGUGCUGUACGACAUUGCCACAGUAACCAACAACUGCAUGGGGCAGAUGAUUGCAGAGUCGACGGAAGCAACCGCCUACAAGACACGCGAAACCCUGCGCAAGACCUUCGGAGUCGUCAUCAAUGACCUAAUUUCUAAGGGUACGAGCAAUAAUGGCACGACACUGAAGGCGCAAUACUACGCGUACCAAGCUAUUCAGAAGGGAAUGACCGUCCUCUCUACGAGCGGAUUCGAUCCGAUGGAUAUCUCAACGUUGCUCGUAGCGUACGUCCAGACCGUCUGUGGCCCCACUCAGUUCAUGGGAGAGAUUGACGACGGCAAUGAAGCUGCAACUCUGGGUCUACACAUGAUCCAGAAGGUUUUCAAAGGCAGCACGAGCUCCUGGUCCAGAGUGGGCGACGGUGCAGUCAUCGUCAAGCUCACAAGUACAGACAGCGAAGACGUAACUGUGAAUAUCAAGUCUGGAGGCGACAAGAUCGAUGAGGUCCGCGUCCCUGCAGGCGGAAGGGUGACGUGGACGUCGAACACCACAGUUCUGGGCGGUAAGACGCUGUACCUUGACCGGUGGCGACGUGGCGACCGGGUUUCUUGGGACUCCCUGGGACGGGAGGUGGGUCCUUGGUGUUUUGGGUUCCUAGAGCCGCCAGAGGUGGUCACUUAG